ACAAUUUACUGCAGUCAUGUUUAAACGGUGACAGGAAUGAGCUAAUACUAGUAUCGCUCCAGGCUUUGUUUUCGUUUGAUAGAAGGCGGUGUUUUCCUCUUAUAUCCGUUAAAAAAACAUUCCGAUAACAUUGGAUGUCCCGACACGGUCCCUGUUGUCAGAUGGGCCGAUGUUGCGGAAACACGUCAACAAAAAUAAAAUAAAGCGGAAGUAAACACUUUUACACUCGCACGUCAAAUCCGUCGCCAUCUUUUCCCGGGCAAAAUAGACCUCGUGAACGUGGUUUUGGCUCCCGAACGCAAUCCCACGUAGAUUUCGCAAAAAAAAAAAAAAACCCACACAAAAUAAACACCAAAUACAUCCUUUGCAAGCUUGACUUUUGAAAGGAAAGAUGCCCGACUCGUGUGCAGCAUGGGGAUGUACAAAUCGCCGCACAGCCCAAAGCAAAUUGCAGGGAAUUACCUUUCACAGGUUUCCAAAAGAGAAGUUCUUGAGGAGGCAGUGGGAAGUGGCAGCAAGGAAGAGAGGUUUCUCCGCCACCAAGUCAUCGGUCCUCUGCAGCGAGCACUUCAAACCCGAGGACAUUGACGCCACAGGCCAGACUGUCAGGAUUCGGGAGGGAGCCAAACCUUCUGUCUUCAGCUUCCAGUCGCCUGUCCAAAAACAAGUGUUUACCAGGACAACGCAAACCUCCAAGAAAGCUCGAGAGUCAGUGGCAUCUGUUGGUUCAAAGAAUCUGCCGCAGACUGAAUCACCACUACUACAGCCAUCCCCUCUUUCUGAUGUUGACCACUGCUAUGCGCUGCCCUCGUCUCCUGCCGGUCUCAAGGCCCGACUGACAGAGGCCCUAGCGAGGGUGGAGGGUCUAGAGCGCGAGCUGAGGAACGUGAAGGACCGAGAACGGCGGGCCAAGAACACAGUGUUUGGUCUUUUGGAGGAUCUGAGGGGAAAGAACCUCAUCAACGAAGAGCUCAGAGAGAAGCUGGAUUCAUACUCGGGUCUGCCAGUCCACCUGUUGUCCAAACAGGGCAACGACUACACUCGAGACCAGAGAGAGUUUGCCCUCACUCUCCACUUACAUGGUCCAAAAGCUUAUGACUACCUGAGAAAGUCUCUCCACCUCCAAUUGCCACACCCACACACUCUUCAAAGGUGGAUGAGCUCCGUAGAUGACAAGCCUGGGCUUGAUUCAGUGUUGGAAAGAAGCGGCGAAGAAGAGGCUGAGGAUGAAUGUGAGACCCUCGCUGACACAGAAACCGAUAUUCAGCAAAAUAUAAUACAUGUAAUCUGUUUAAAAGAUGUGGAAACAGUCCCCCAGUCAGAAGACAACACAGGAGUAUCAUAAAACUUGCAGUAUUUUAUUUAUUCUUUUUUUUUUUUUUUUUUUUUUUACAAGAUUGACCUCUAAAAUGUACAUAGACUGUUAAUAAGAUUAUAAAUGCUCAGUGCAAUUUCUUAUUUGUUGGAUUUUUGUACCACGGAAUUAAAGUGAAGCUUGAUUUUUUUUUU